AUGGCGAAGUACUAUCAUGGACAUGCUAUGCAGACUGCUUGCGAGCAUUAUGGAGAGAUCCCUGAGAAGGCGGAGGCGAUUCAUUUUGACAUGUACCAUGCUCGACAGAUAGAAGGAGUGCUGGCAAGCCACGUGAGCAGGAUCAGAGAAGAGACGAGCAGGGGAGAGCUGCAGACGAUAGUGGUUACUGACGGGGAGGACACGCUGGAUGUCGGAGAUGUUGGGACCUGGUCUGCUGGGCUGGGAAUGAGCAAGGCGAUGAUGCACGCUGCCAUGGCAGGGUUUCAUCCGAAGGCCAUCCUCUGCGUCGUACUUGGUGACGUGUCAAGCUCGGAUGACACGUCGAGGGGAGGAGAUCGCCUUUCUGUGGCACGAGCUCUUGCGAGCUCUGAGAACUUUGACACCCAACGUGCUCAUUCACAUCGACUGUCCGAACCCUGGCAGCAGGUGUCUGCGGUCUUGCCCGCGGAGGUUGGGAGCAUCAUGCAAGUCAUCGAGGAACAUUCCAAGUCCUCUCCGGUCUUCAACGACGGGCUGGAUGGUCGAGCGACGAUAGUAGCAACCAGGCCCAGCAGUUGUGUCACGCUGAUACAUCUGUCAGUCUUCACGCUUGAGAGCAUCGGGGUUCCGACUCCGAUGGCGAUGAAGGGACUUUACACCCUUGAAGACAGGCAUCACUACAAAUCAAAGUUCAGAAAGCCCCUGCCGGCGAGACUGAGAGGUUGGUUGUCAAGGACAACUUCUCUACACGAGCUCAAAAGCUCAUCAUGCUUGCUAGGACUCCAUCGAAAUGUGUCAACAGUCGUGGAGGGGAUCCGAGCGACGAUCUUGAUCGGAGCCUCGGGGAUCAGGGGAGCGUUCGAUCGGGAUGUGCUGCGAAUCUUGCACAAGAACCAUGAGAGGCCCGGCAUUAUCGUCCUCUCCAACACUCAGGGGAAGGCUGAGUGUUCGUCAGCGGAUACUUGGCAUCAUACGACAGGCAACGGCAAGACCCUCUACGUGGGAGGAGACGACCCUCUGCCGUAUCGUCCACUCGGCUAUGAAGGAGUCGCUCUCAUCCCGUCGAGGGCGACCUCUCUGUUUGUCUAUCCAGGAAUCUCGCUGGCGACUUUCGGUGAAGUCACGCAAGCUGCUGGCAUCUCGAGCAUUACUCCCAGCAUGUUGCAGGUCGCUGCUGAAACUUUAGCUCGCAUGGCAUCGAUCGAUGAAAUCUCUUACGGGAGUCUGUUUCCUCGCCUGUCUCUGCUCAAAGACAUCUCAGUAAGGAUCGCUGCGGAAAUCAUCAGGGUAGCACAGAAGGAGCAGAAGACAAACAAGGUCGUUCCGGAAGGAUACAAAGAGCUUCUCAGCUUCCUACAAAGCUUGCAAGACCUGGAUGCUGAUGACGAGCUUGUAUCGUCGUACAGCUGGCAGGAGGGUGAGAAGGUGGAAGUCAAGGUCGGAGGAGAGGAAGGAGCCUUCCUCGCUGGAGCAGGAGGUCUGACGGUUGACGAGGUGAGUAUGGUAGCACCUGGGCAGCCCGAGGAUGGAGGAUCUCGAUGGAGCGAGUACGAGAGAGCAAUCCCCCCAGACAAGUGA